UAUCACGCGAAGGUUCUAUUUUGGCGAGCUGCUGUUUCAUCAAAGAAAUGGACGUGUACGAAUUCAAAAAAACCUAUCUCACACGGCUGCUAGAAACGAGCAACGUACUCAACGGAGGUGGUGCAUCUAUACCGGCAUCGGCCAUUCGCUCCGAAUGGAUUAAUUUCGUUGAGGUUGCCGUCGAACCAACAGGAUGGCAAGCCCUCUGGAAAGCCUCACGUCCAGUUUGCGAACAACUAUGCGUAAAGUAUCCGUUGGUUGUGCUCGGGACCGUAGAUCAGGUGCUGUUCGACGAGCUGAAGGCAACGUUUCUCAUCGAAGCAAUCCUGGAUGAUGACGUACAUUUGCCCGAGGACAAGAUCACCGUCGACCUGGAGGAACUGUGGCCACUGCGGGAACAAAACAAUCCCGCCCUGAACGUAAACAUUACUGCCGAUUGCAUCGAUAAGCUGCGAUUCUUUUAUCAACAUCUUUGGAUGCCCUGGGACGUCGACAUCGAGGAUGACCACAGCUGGGUCGCCAAGCACCUGGACACCCGGAUCCGUUUCUCGUACGAUCUGAAAAACAAAACUAUGUCACGGCAAUUGUCGUCCCACGCCCUGGCGCUGCUUGCAGAGUCUAGAUACAUCCAGCGCAAGCGGGAACUGCUGGAGCUGGAAAUAGGUGAGGAGGAUCAAGACGAUGAGGAUGACGCUGACAAUGAAACCUCCCUGAUGGCGGACAAUCGGGCAGGUGAAUUGCUACAGUUGAACCUUCGUUUGAACACGAUUAAAAACGAAAUCAGCAUCCUGGAGAAUCCCGUCAUGCGCAGUGUAUUCGAGAAGCUACGCUUCGGAAAUGAAAAAGGCAAAGAAAGCACUCGUAUGGCGUACAUCGUCACACAAGCUGGAACGAUUGACGAACAACUCCGAUACCUGGCCGAUGCUAAGGCAAUGAUGGACCAGAAGAUGCUGGUGAAAAUGUGUGACUCAUUGCAGCACGCUCUCGACCACUGUAGUCCGGAUAGCGUGGUGUAUCUUCCACCCGGAACACGUCAAGAUAUUAAAUUCCUGGAAUACCUCAACAACGAUGGAUCUUUCCGGGGUGUAAGCGAUUCGUUGUUCAUAGGAGACUUUGAUGAAGCGUCGAAAACAAAUCCUAUCAUCGCUUCGAAAGACGACGAUAGCGUCCUCUUAACAAUCGAUGGCGAUUUUACGCUGGAAAAUAUAAAGCUCGAUUGUUCGAACGUGCGAACCGGGGUGGUCAUUAAGAAAGGUAAUGUUACGUUCCGCAAUUGCUGCUUCACGGGCGAUCCAAGCUCCAGUACCAAGCAGGGCAUAGUUAUAUUCGGAAAUUGCAACAUAACAUUCGAUCGUUGCUUGAUCAAAGAAUUUGCCACCGGCAUUUACAGCAAUCAUGAUUGUACGAUCAGUUUGCUCGAUACCACCAUUAGCCACUGCAUGACAGGUCUCGAGAUGCUUGACCAGUGCCGGGUGCUGUUCCGCUCAACCCGAGUGUUGAACAGUGCCCAGUACGGUGUGCUUUUGGAGGAUUUCAACGAUGCCGAAGACAACCAUCAUUCCGACAAUCAGUCGAACAGUUCGUCGCAGAUCUUCGAAGAUUUCAACACUGUCGAAAGGGAAGAGUUCACCUUCGAUGGAAACUGCGAAUUCCGGGGAAAUGUGAAGGGAAACUUUGCCAUUCGAAAGGGAUGUACCGAUCGCUUCAACAGUUCCUGCUUCGUGGAUGAAGACGAGCGCUCCUCAGAGUCGGCAGAUCCCGAUGAUAGUCAGCAGGAAGAACCUUCCGCCUGUAAUGCUACGAAUGUAAGUUUUUCUGCGGAUUUUCUCGAAAACACUAACCUUUCCUCCACCAAGCACGCAUCAAAAAAACUCUCGAACGACAGGAGUAACCACCAUUACAGUGCAGAAUCGCACGAGGAUCGUUCGACCAGCGAUACGGGUGUAUCGAGCUCCCUAACUCAUACAGAUGAUGAGUCGCUUGCGGAGAAUGAGACGAUCGAUGUGCAGGAACUUAAAGGGAAUAAAUAUUUAGUAAAACAGGCGAGUGAGCCUGAGGAAAGCACCGAUGAAUCUACCGAAAACCAAUCGGAUCAGAUUAUAGAAAUCGAGGAUACGAUCAUAGAGAUCGAUUAAUUUCCCUGUUUGUGCUUCCCGGUAAACAUCGACGGACAUUGAAGCGAUGGAAGACUAAUGAAGUACGCAGCCAUCUUGUCAUUCUUUGACGAACGCAGCUACAUUCUUCGUCUCGAAACUUGUCGUUUGUUUACCGACCGCUGUCAAACGAGAAAACAAAACAUUCUUCAAUU